UCAAUUCUCUCCCCCACAAAGUUCGCCCCAUCGACAUAUCUUUCCGUCAACGAAAGAGUCGAUAUUCAAGACAACAUUCACUACAUUUUAGCACACUUAUUUUCAUUCAUUCAGUCCCCAUUACAGCAUUGUUUUCUUUUGUUUUUCAAAGGCUCGAUAAUGCAGACUUAAAGCAAUGAUGCAUGACCAAGUUGUCAACAUCAGCGGUGCCUUGAGCACUCCGCAGCUAUCCAACAACAGCGUCGAUGGCCAUCUCAUGGUUGACACUUUGAGCGAGAUGGAUAUCGAUGAUGCAUCGUCUUCAUCACUUCUUGAUCCAACCUCAGACACAGAGCAGUCUGCCGAUUCUUCUGAUGCGAUACACUUGAAGAGACAGAGAAUCACUGAACUUGCUACAUCUGUAGGAAAGCCAGAUGAAUUCAAAGACAACAUGACACGGCCAACGUCUGAUCAUAAGACAACGCAUCAGCUGUAGGACAAGCUGCAUGUUGCUGUCUCGGUGAUGAAUACAGACAUGUCGCCUGGUCCAUCCCAGCACGACGCUGCUGCCCAAGAGUUCACAUCAAGCCCCAUCAGCUUGCCCGCUAGCAGCGACGAGGUUAAUGUACCUGAUCUAGAGGCUUUCGAGGAAGACUUGUUCGCCACAUCCGAUUCCCUCGAUGAAGAAGAGGAGCUUGAGUCGGAGCAUGUCGCCAACCUGCAACGCACGUUGAACCCCAGCGUGCCGGCCAUCGUCUUUACACCUCCGUCUCCCAAACUCACUUCACCUCUCUCACCAGUCUCGUCGGAUAAGGAGAAGAUGUUUGUGGACCAGAACAGUCUGGACCCCGACUGGGUGUGCCGAGAGAAGCUUGAUUUUAUGAUAGAGAAGGAUAGACAGGAAGAGAAGCGGCGGCGCCAACGCAAAAGACGGGGAGUUAACGUUUCUGAGAAGGAGCUCAGACGGCAGAUUAACGAGCUAGAGACGACGCUUGUAGAGGUUAGCGAGGAGAAACGGCAGCUCAAGCAAAAGAAUUACAGGCAAGAGAGACAACUGCGUCAGCUAAGAUCUACACCGCUCGCCAAGCAGGCACUCCAGACGCUUGCAGACGUGGCGGAGAUGGAGAAGAAGACACGAGCUCGAUCCCAAGCUUUUGUGGAUCUGACGGUUCCGCAGGACCAACACAUCGAUUUGAUUAUACCUAUGGAGCAGAGCUAUCCCCGACAAUCAUCUCAGUCGUACCAAAGCAAGACCAGCAAUGCCAAAGCGGUACGGGAGUCGGUGGGAGAGGAGCGUGCCGGCAAACGAAACGAGCUAUUCACAACGGCCCAUGAGAAUGACCUAAUGUCACGCAAGCCCGUGCAAGGUAUCGGAGCGAGUUCGCAUACACCGGCUAAACUUUUGCAACUCGAAGCAAAACUCGAGCAGAAUAGCAGGGAGCGAGCGUUACUGAGAGCAGAGCUGGCUGCCGUGAAAAGUCGGAUGAAGGCGUUCCUGUCUGCAGAAGAUCUGGCCUCCAAGAUGCUUCCGCAUUUGCUGGAAAACUUCGAGGCGGUCAAGAGCGAGAAUAUGAAGCUGGGAGCGGAAAACAUCGUUUUGAAGGGAAAACUGUCACGUCUUCAGAGGGGCAACGCGGGUGAUUCGAUGCUGGCGUUCACAGGUCGUCAACCUGACAACACCAACGAGACAUUGUGAAUCGGAGCGCACUCAUGUCGCAACGAGAAGCAUACUCUUUCCAGGCCUAGUACUGUUAUUUCUUUUUUGGCCUAGUGCUGGUGGUGUUUUUAAGGGUUGGCACUACAAACAAACAGGAGACGGACAUGAAAAAGAUGCCGUCAGAUCAAUGAUGUAACAGAGUAGGAUACUAGCGGUAGUAAUGUUAACCGACU